GUAAUAAUUUAGCUUCUGCUUUAGGUACCAGCUGUUUCGUCAACAGCAUCACAACAUUCUCAGCCUUCUCCAUUGCCAACUCAGCAGCCCAAUAUUCAGCCUGCUUCAUCAUUUCCAGGUCAAACUGGUCAGAACCAGACAAGGAAACCGCAGCAGAACCAAACUGUAAUAUCAGGAACAUCUGUGUCGAUUCAUCCACCAGUCCCUCAAUCCCAAUCUAUGCCAUCACAUCCCUUGCAAUUGGUACAGCAGCCUAAGGGACCUAUUGGAGCCCAGUCUACAUCAAUGUCACUACCACAGUCCUCUCAUGUUCCUAACAUCUCUCAACUGCCUCAUCGUUCUGCUCCACAGCCACCAUCUCAUCUCCAGGCCCCAAUGCCCUCGGCCUCCACUCAAUCACAGCAGCCUAUGCAGAAUACGGGACCUCAAUAUCCGCCUUUGCAACCACCACAGCAACCUCCAUUGCCGCCUCUACCAAGACCACAAAUGUCAAGCUUCGGUCAUCAGCUUCACCCUCAAUUAGGGCCAAAUAUGGGUUUCCAGCAUCCAGGUGGACCACCAAUGCAUCAUUCCCAACACAUGUUUCAAUCAGGAAACAAACCUACUGCUAGUAUGAUGCCUUCAUUUCCACAGCAGCCAUCAAUUCAAAGUCAUCCUUUGCCACCACCACUUUAUCAGGGUGGUCCACAAUUAGGAACAGAAUUCAGUCAAGUUGGAAGCUCUAAGCAAACAGAUAGAGGAUCCCCAUGGAUGCCUGGAUUACCUGAUAAUACAUCAGGGACACAUCUUUCGGGACCAUCCCUGUUCCCUGGUCAGAUGGGUCCUGGCAAUCAGCCUCCUCGACCGCCAUCAUUGAGUCCUGAGAUGGAGAAGGCAUUACUUCAUCAAGUUAUGAGUCUCACUCCAGAACAGAUUAACAUGCUUCCUACUGAACAAAGGAAUCAAAUUCUGCAGUUGCAGCAAGCGCUGCGUCAAUAAUGAAUUAUGCACAUUAUGCGUGAUAUCACUCUAGCUGUUCAUGUAGCCAGUUAUUAUUACAUAAUUUUUAAUGUUAUUUUCGUUUUUUGACU